UCUUUUUUGGUUCUUCACAAAACCCAUCGACAACUUCGACUACAAUCAAACACAUGAGAAAUGAUUGUCAAUUAAUGGGGACUGAUAUUUGUAUAUGCCUGCAUUCAAUGGAGAUUGAUUUCAACAAAGAAGAAAGGACUGAAACGAGUGAAGAAUUCGCCAAUUUUUCUAUUCGUGAAUAUGUAGCUGGAAUUCGCAUGAAUGAUCGGAGAAAAUGUUGGCCUUUUGGAUCGUUGGGUGAUCCCGAUAGCGAUGAGGUUUUCGCUUCAUAUCAAUUUCCCGAAUGUAGAUUUAUUUCUAGUCAAAUCCGUCCAGAGAACAUCGAUGGUUUGGAUUAUACAACAGAACAAACAGAGGCUCCUCUCGACUAUAUGAUUGAAUAUCUAGGAAUUGAGGGCAAAACAAUAUACGAUGACAAGGUGAAUAAUGCUCGAUUCCCGCAAGAAAGUAGCGUCGAUGAAGGUGCGAAAAUUGGGAGAACGGUGGCUGCUGAUAACGAUGAGCCUGCACGAAGAAAUCGGCCACGAAAAAAGGCCCAGAAGUUUCUUUUGUUAUCUGACAUAUUGAGGGAUCUCGCAGGCCCGUCUGGUGGAUAUCAUGUUCGUUGUAAUAUGACGAAUCCCGACAACGUUAACAGUAGAUUCGUUACAGAAACUGAAGAUGAGUCGGACGAGAUCACUUUGGAUGCGUUUUUCAGAAAACAGAAGGGUGUUGAAGUUAAGAUCAAGAAGAAGAAGAAGAGCAAGAUGGUUCGAGUCGAAGAGUUGAUAAUUGGUCGGGAUAAAAGAUCGAAACGUGGAUCCAACGACUCGAAUGAAAAAGAUUCGGAUGUUGGUCCCGGAAAGCAAAAGGCUUGUUCUUUAGAAAACAGAUACGCAGAAGUUUGUAGUACGGCACCUACAAAAACGGCCAACGAAGAUUCCGAAAUGGAGGCUGUGAUGUUGUUGGCUAGCCAUUUUAACGAAGAGAAUCCUCGAUUGACAAAUGGUGCAAAAAAGGCUCAAAAAAAGACGGAAAUGGAGCUUCUAGAAACAACUAAACAUGUCGGUUCUUCACCAUCUUCGUUCAAACGAGAAAGAAAUCGUGAUCAAAGAUUAUUUGCAAAUGCCAAGAUUUCGAAUGACGCAGAAAUGGUUUGCGCUUGUGUCCAGAAAAAGAUCCGUAUCCGUUCAUCGAAAACUGUAACUAGAGAUCGAGAUUUCUAUGCCGAUACCCGCAAGAAGUUUUCUAAAGAAAAGCUAGAAAUCCGCAAGAUGAAGGCUGGUCGAGUAGAAUGGAAUGCGGAAAACCGUGUGAAUCUGGUAUGCACGAUGAAUAGGAAUCCGGCUGAUAUCAGUAUAGCAAAUUCUGAAAACGAGUUCAUGAGAGGAGGUUGAAAUCUCGAUAUACGGUGUUCCUAACUUUAUGGGUCGAAUCCGAGGCGAUUUAUGGACGGUUUUCUAACCGAAAAUUAAGGAUUCUAAUGGUUACUAGUCUUCAAAUCAAAGAAGAAAAGCUUGGAGAACUUUGAACUUGUUCCAAAUAAUAAGCUUGAUUCACAUGUGAAUAGUUGAAUUUGAUGAAUCUCAGAAUCCCUAAAGCUUAUACCAACACAUUCAUCCUGACA